AUGGCGGAGAUCAUCGAGGGAGUGAACACCAGACGCAUCUACAAAUUAACCGUAUUUUGUAUUGUGAUAAGCGCUCUUCUUGGCAUCGCCUACAACGCCAUUACUGGAGAGGCCGGGGACGGCUUCAGCAUCGCGAGUUACCUCAUCACCGCACUCGGCUUCUUCGUGGCGGUUGUUGCUGCUGGGGAAUGGAUGGGCCUUGAGUCGUUGGACUCAUUUAGCGAAACAGAUCUGAAGCGCGGUAAGAGGUACAGGGUAGAGUACUGCGAGAUGUAG